AUGUUUGAAGACGAAGCGCUUGAUCAAGAGUUAGAAAACAUUCUAAACCAUCCAGCGCCAGCCUACAAUGAAAAGUCAUACUGGAACUCUCGUUAUGAGAAAGAAACAGAAUCAUUCGAAUGGUAUAAUAGUUGGGUUAAACUGAAAGAACAUGUUGCCCAGCAUAUUAAUGGAUCUGGAACCGCUCUCAAUCUUGGAUGCGGAAAUUCCAACAUGACAAGCGAACUUCUCUUAAAUGGUUUCGAUAAAGUUGUUGGAAUAGACUUUUCAGAAGUUGUAAUUGGACAGAUGAGAAAGAAAUAUCAAUUAGAACAGAAACUUGAGUGGGAAACAGGCGAUAUUACAAAAAUGAAGUUCCCAAACAAUCAUUUUGAUUUUGUUUUCGAUAAAGCUACACUCGAUACACUAGUUUGUGGAGACAAUUCGAACAAAGUUAUCGUUUCACUCUUGAAAGAAAUCGCUCGCGUAAUGAAACCAGGUGGAACAUUUAUUUUGAUUUCUUACGGCUCUCCAACAACAAGGAAGCGCUUCUUUGAAGGAACACAAACAGGGUUAACCCUUGUUGAAUCUGUUAAAGUUGAAAAGCAAGAAGUUUCUGGUGCUUUUCAUUAUAUUUAUGUCAUCAAGAAAGAUAUGUAA